CUGAAGACGCGACACUAACAUGUGGCACUCAAGCCCGUGGGGGAUAUAUAAUAUCUCUUAGGCGUGCUGCGGUCUGAUUAUCGACCCGUCUUCGACAUCGACGAUGGGUACUAGCUAGGUCUGAAGCCGCUUCGCUCAGAACCGCUGCCCAGAGUCCUGAUAUCACCGCCCCCGUACGCAAGAAUAGUCUCGUCGACCUAAGAUAGGCGAUGGUAUCAGACACAAGCUCGAGCAGCGGCUCUCACACCAGCCCGUUAUGGAGAAAGUCUUGGAGAAAGAACGACCUUCGAGAGAUUCGCAAGUGCAUACAGGACAAGCUGGCAGUGACCACUGAGCAGCGGCGCAAGCUGCGGUUUCUGAUCGACGAAGCCAGGCUCUAUUAUCGACACACUCUUGGAGUUGCUGUGCAUGCUCUGGUUUGUCGUCGAGAUGAGCGAACGUUUCUACGUAUACUUGAGGGCGUGAAGUACCUCACUCGCGGAGACGCCCUUACUGCCAUACGAAACCACAGAAAUCUUCGCUCUCACCUUUUAUGCUAUAACCCCGUGCAUCCCCAUUCAUUCUUAUACGAAGACGACCACGAGGGACCUUGCACCGCGAUAUUCUCUCCUGAGAAGGACUUUGUCUCUCUUGCAAACACCUUGAUUUCUAUGUUGAAGGCCCCCGAACACACGCAAAUAUUUUCCUGGACGGGGCUUGACGCACAGGCAUGCGUUGACCUUCUCGAUUCGCUGAAGCAGAUCAGAAACGUUCCUAGAAGAUACCAGUCAAUAUUUGAAGAAGCGAUGUUCAAAGUCGCCAAACGUUCAGGGUACUGGCCGCGCCGCCUUGAGCUGGAGGGCGUACACGUCCAGAUGUGGCUUGGGGGUGGAUCUGGAGGUGACGUCUUCCUAGGCAGCUCCAGAGGAGAGCUUGUUGCUAUGAAGCAGGUCAGGAUACCUGCUUCAGGUGGCGAUAAGGCUUUGAGAGCCUUUGCAAAGGAGCUCGUCAUAUGCUCCGUUCUUUCCCAUCCCAAUGUGCUGCCUUUAUGUGGUGUGUUUCGGGAAAGUCUCACUCGCAAGCUCUUUAUCGUGUCGCCCUACGUGGAGAAAGGUGACUUGCUGUGUUACGUUGAAAGGACACCUCGAGAUAGAGUUGAUCGCUUUUCAAUUCUAUGCGAUGUCGCACAAGCAAUAAGGUACCUGCAUACAAGGGACCCUCCAGUCAUGCACGGAGAUUUUAAACCCGCCAACAUCCUUAUUUCUACCUCUGGGAGUGCAUGUCUUUGCGACUACGGCAUGUCCUACCUCAAGGGCAAUUGCAUCAACUGGUCUACAUCCUCGGGUGCCGGCAGAGGUGGCACACUUCGCUUCCUGGCUCCCGAGCUCCUUCAGGGAAACUCGACAAUCCGCUGGUCCACUGAUAUCUAUUCAUUUGGUUGCGUGCUUUACUGGCUGGCUUCCGGUUCUGUUCCAUAUGCACGACACAGGCGCGAAUCAGAGGUGAUCUUUGCUCUUACUCGAGGUGAAGAGCUCCAGCGUCCUCCAGGGCAGCUGAGCGACGCCCUCUGGAACCUUUGCAAGCAAUGUCUGGACCGGACGCCCGCCCGGAGGCCAAGUGCGCUAGAAUGCGUUCGCCGGCUUCGAAGCAGCGAGAUGGCAUUCACCUCUAAUGCCUGGCCGUCGCCGCGUGGCUCCGCGGGGAGUUUCUCAGCAGCGAGCUCGGUUUGACAAGCUCGAGAUUCAUGUGGUAUAGUAAGUCCCUUUGGGAGGGCAUUUAGUUCGCUAUCUGCGUAUCAUAUGAGCUCUUUCAGCGCCUCCAAUCUCAGCGCCCACCUCCUCCCGCCAAGUACCGCCUUUCUUGAUUGAGUCUUGUCGCUCUCAGGAGACGGAUCUCGGUAAUGGCUCUCCGCCACUGGCUAACAUAUCUCUCCUCGAUAAUUAUCCGUCUACCCUGCAUGCAGCGUUUACGCUUGCUUCGCUUAUCUCCUUCCACUCCUCACCGCACUUGUCCGGUACGAAAUGUUUGGUAUUUUUGCCCCUGAGGAGGACAGCGAGAGUCGGCCGGGUGUCACGAUGCGUCGCUUUAAUUGAUAUUACAUUGGUGCUGUUGAGCGGAAACCGACUUGCGUCAAGAGCUGGCGCUUGAUGGAAUGGGUCGGAUGUACCUCCGGCUCCCGAUGCAUCAUCAAUUCGGUCCUGGGCUAUGUCUUCCAGUUUAUUCCACCACCUGAUACUCUGGCGUUGAUCGUCGUCGCAGAUGUCUAGUGUGUAGUUAAUUGUAGACAUUUUUGACGUACUGAGUACAUAAC